AUGGCCGAACUUUACGCGGAAAUCGAAGAGGAGGAACAGCGACUCGCGCGUGGGUCGUCCCAGCGUCAGUACUGGGACCGCAAGACGUUUUCUUCCUAUACGGAGCAAAAGAGUGCCAUGGCUCGGUCGAGUACUUUGUAUGUGGGCAACCUGUCCUUUUUCACAUCGGAAGCCCAGCUCUACGAGUUAUUUAGUCGAGUGGGUUACGUCAAGCGGGUUAUCGUCGGUCUCGACCGCUUUAAGAAAACGCCUUGUGGCUUUUGCUUUGUUGAGUAUAGUACCCAUUCGGAGGCUGAAGCUUGUGCCCAAUUUCUGAGCGAAACGAAACUGGACAAUCGUGUGGUUCGCUGUGAAAUGGACGGUGGCUUCCGAGAAGGUCGUCAGUUUGGACGAGGGCUGUCAGGAGGUCAAGUACGGGACGAUCGACGAUCCAAAGAUGACUAUGAUGCUGGGCGGGGAGGGUAUGGACGGGGCGACGAUGCUACCGCUGAUGGCCACCAUUUCCGUCGCUCGGCACAUGUGAAGCGACCUCGAAAGGACAGUGAGGCGGUGGAUGGACCACCGACGAGUCGUCCACGACGAGUGGAGUCGCCUCGGGAUGAGGACAAGAAGCAGGAGGAGGAGGAGAACCCGAGGUUUCGUCAUCGUGAAGAUGAGGAUGACAACGUGGAUAGAGAAGACGAGGACGUGGUGGUGGGGGAGGAGGAGGAGAAGAAACAGCAAGAGACCGAAGCUGAGGUGGUGGAGGUUGUGGAUGUGGUGGAGGUGAAGACGAUGGAGGAGGAGAUGUGA